GCGAGGAAGCGGAGUCGUGGGGUACAGGCGUGGCGGGUAGGGUCGCGGCUCCCAGAGCCCUUCUGCAGACCCUGCGGAGCGAGGGCGACGACGAGGCAGCCCGGGGCCGAAACCAUGAACCGGAGUUUCCACAAGUCUCAGACCCUGCGCUUCUACGACUGCAGCGCCGUGGAAGUCAAAAGCAAGUUUGGGGCCGAAUUCCGGAGGUUCUCCCUGGACCGCCACAGGCCGGGCAGGUUCGAGGACUUCUACCAGCUGGUGGUGCACACCCACCGGCUCACCAGCACUGACGUGACCAUCGGCUAUGCGGACGUGCACGGAGAUCUGCUGCCCAUCAACAAUGAUGACAACUUCUGCAAGGCCGUGUCCAGCGCCUGCCCCCUGCUCCGUGUCUUCGUCCAGAAGCGAGAGGAGGCGGACGGUUGCAACUUCGGGGCAGGCGCCCUGUCCAGAAAGAGGCGGGUGCUGGCGGCCCUGCGGGAGGAGGGCCUGCGCCGCCGCGCGCCCCCAGCCAUUGGCCUGCCGCGAGACUUCCGGCCUGUCUCUUCCAUUAUCGAUGUGGACAUCCUGCCCGAGACACACCGCAGGGUGAGGCUGUACAGGCACGGCUGCGAGAAGCCACUGGGAUUCUACAUUCGGGACGGCACCAGCGUACGAGUGACCGCCCAGGGCCUGGAGAAGGUCCCGGGUAUCUUCAUCUCCCGUAUGGUGCCCGGCGGCCUGGCAGAGAGCACUGGGCUGCUGGCUGUCAACGACGAGGUGCUCGAGGUGAACGGUAUCGAGGUGGCGGGGAAGACGCUGGACCAGGCCACGGACAUGAUGAUCGCCAACAGCCACAACCUCAUCAUCACGGUCAAGCCCGCCAACCAGAGGAACAACGUGGUGCGCAGCAGCCGCACAUCCGGCAGCUCCGGCCAGUCCACGGACAGCACAGCCAGCCCUUACAGCCUGCCGCCCGCGCACGUGCUGCAGAACUUCCACCCGGACGAGAUGGAGAGUGACGAGGAGGCCGACAUAGUCAUCGAGGGCGCUCUGGUGCCCCAGCCCGCGCCCCGGACGCAGCUGGCACCUCCGGGCAGCCUCACACGCAUCAAUGGCGCCAGCCUCGCGUACCGGCUGAACAGAGACCUCACUCUCAGUGGCUCAGGGCGUGAGGGCAAUGGCAGCAUCCACAGACUGCUCAGCUCCCUCAAAGCAGAUCCCCGCCACAGUCUAGCCCUUCCCCCGGGAGGUGUCGAGGAGCACGGGCCAGCUGUCACCCUCUAGCAGCUCCUGGGUGUGCCUUGCGCAUCCCCUGCAGGCCAUCCGUGCAGAGCUUUGCUGAGACACCGGCUGGGGAAAGUGCUGUAACAGGAGGCGGCGAGAACUGACACACGGUGAUGAGAUGAGUACAAUUUCCACAGGGAAAUAUUUUUUUAAUUUUUAUUCCAAUUGUAAAAUAAGAAAAAUUGUAUACUUCUACCUGCUCCUUUUUUGUUUCUGAGUUUGUUUAUCCUCUUCUCCCACAAAUGUAUUCUCUAUUUCAACUUGCUGGCUAGAAAAUAAAAAUACUCUAUUUUUAUAGGAUUUCUCCACAGAACUUAAAAGGUGUUAUAUUGAGGUCUGCGUGCAGUUCCUGGCUCCUUUGUAAAUUGAUAGAAAGGAUCUGACCAUGUGCAGAAAAUAUUUCCUUUAGUUCAUUAAAAGUGAAGCUUUAUAAUUACUUCCUUCAAAUGGCCAAAUUAUUAUUUAUUUUUUUGACUGCAUCCUGUAAAAGUAUCCUGGGAUGCUGGCAGACUUCCUGGGGCUAUGCUCCACAGAGGCGGCCUGGCAGGAAGGUGAUGGGACUGACAUGUAAAAGCGAACACAUCAGAACUUGUGAUAGAUGUGGCCAUUAAAGAUGAAACAAGCCGUCGCAUCAUUUUAGUUGCUUUUCAAAUGCUCCGAUAGGUGCCGGGCUUUGCACAUCACAGAAACGGUGGUUCCAUGUCUCUGGGCCGUGUGGGGGCUUCCUCAGAGAGGGGCUGCCUUCAGCCUUCUAGGGAUGCAAAGUUGGGAGCACCCAGCUUUCCUGGAUUGGAGCUUGGUAAAUUACAUUUGUGGUCAAAACCAGCACUCACCAAGUGGUGAUGAACCAAUUCUCUGCAUGUUCUUGCAGUGGCAGAGGCCUGAGGGCUGCGGUUCUGGGUGUGGGUUGUCCUGCAUCUAACACAGCCACAGCUCUAAUCAUCAUCAGUCCCAUCAAGACAUGCCAUUUCCUUUGGAGCACAGAGGGUGAGGGUGGGUUUCUCUUGUUUCUAACAACAAUCUCAUGGACUUUCGUUGAUUUUUAACACAGAUUAAGUUUAUUAUUAUCACUUUCCUUUGAUCCUCUAGUCAUUUACGUAUUUAGUAACUUUCAAGGAUUGUGGUGGUUAUAUGCCGUCAAGUUGAUUCUGACUCAGCGACCCUAUAAGACAGAGUAGAACCGCCCCAGAAGGUUUCCAAGACUCUUAUCUUUAUGGGAACCGAUUGCCAGUUCUUUGUCCCGUGGAGCAGCUGGGUGGGUUUGAACUGGUAACCUUUCGAUUAGCAGCCCAGUAUCUUAACCAUUGUGCCAUGAGGCCUCCUUUUUAAAGGCUUACCUGUGUUUAAUCCAGUGAAAUUUUAUAUGAACUGUAUUUUCUGUUCGGAUACAAUGUCAGGGAGAAAAAUUUUACAUUUGUACUUUGAGUACUAAACUUUGACCAAAUAAAGGUUUCAUACACACGGUGAAGGCACUCCCAGGUGGCCACACUGCCCUGUGGCCAAGUUGUCAAGAGCUCUCAUAACAGACAGAAAACUGUCACAAAGUUUUUAUUUUUCCUGAAUUUAUUAACAAUUUUUUUCUCUCGAAAGCAUCCAUUGGGCAGAAAUAGCUUUUAUUGGGUAGUGGUGGUUCCUGCAUCUUGGUUUGGUUGGUUGGUUGGUUGCUCCUCCAACAUGCAGGGGGAUUACGAUGCUAAGGUGGGGGCCUCGGGUCUUCAGAGGAUGAGGAUCCAGAGUCCCCAAACUUUGGGGCGCUAGCGAGAUGUAAUAGCGUCGUCUGACAGCAACACAUGCUUUUUACUAAGACGAGUAUUAUUAAAGCCCAACUAAAUGCUGUUACUACCACAAAUGAAAUGUCCUUAGUUACUGCUGGUUAUUGGACAUCUUGUUGAAUAACCACGUCUGCUGCCAAGAAGGAGUGUUAUACUUACCAUUUUAAGUUGUUACGUAAAUGUGAGUAAUUUUUUAAAGGAAAGAAAAGAGGCUUACUGAUAACCUGUGCAUUCCUGUUUGCGAUUCUGGGAGUUACAAGCAGCUUGGGUAUGUUUCUCUACCCUGAUGUGUACUGUGCCGUUUUCUUAACAACAAAACAAAACAUACUGUGUACUACAAAGUAUUAAAGUUUUCCUGGUUUUAUAUAUCAAAGAAUAAAAACUUCUUGCUUCUGAGUUAACAAAGUACAUUGCUACAUUUUAGUGAUAAACUAAACUCAUCACUUCAACCAUGUGCCAUUUUUCACUUCAUCCUCACAGGGUCCCUAUGAGGCAAGGACUUGUGUCCACAGUUUACAAAGGAAAAAACAGGUGGGUGGCAGAAUGGGAAAUAGCUUACUUUUAGGUAAAUGGUAAAUAAUUUAACAUUAUAAAUUUUCCAUAUUAUGAAUUGUAAACUGUAGGAAAUUAACUCCAGAGAAAAUGAUUUAUUCCAACUAAUUCUGAAAUUAUAUUUGAAAGUAUGACCUCACGAUCUUAAAUUUGUACACAGCGAACAUGUCUAUAUGGUUGCCCAAAUUUGGUUUGUAAUUUAAAUACUAGCAAAAUUUUUAUUGGAAAAGCCUCCCUUCUGAAAAGGACUAUAUAUUUUCUUUUUAGUUUAAAAAUAGACAGUCACUUUGCUCCUAUCACUUCAUGAGCGGGAUAAAGGUGGCUUGGGGAGCACCUCCUUUAGAAGACUGGGAAAAACUAACCUUUGCUACAACUUACCAGCAUUACGUAUAUUAUGAGAAUGGCUGCUGUUAUUUCUGAUCUCUCUUCUUUUUCCAGCCUGACAACACAGUGGGCAUAAAGGCCGCUUUCAGAUACAAAAGGCUUUGAUUUUAUUUUUAUCUCUUACACGGUGGUCCUCCCAGACCGCAGGCCCGAAUAAGCACACAACGUGCGUCAUUACCAUGGAUAUUUGAGGCUGAUGAUGUGGGUAAACUCGUUGUAGCUGUACAGUAUGAAAAGUCUGAUGUAACCUAGACCUCAACAUUCAUCGGCUUCUAAGUCACACAUUCAGCUUUUUAUUCAGGUGGUCACAAAUCAAGAAACUCCUGAAUUUAGAACCCAAGAGAACAGGCAACCGACUUUUAGUAUCUGUCAAGUACUGGGUACUGCCAUAAGUAAUUGGUAUGUUCUUAUGGCACAUUCACUGAAAUGAAAAUAGCUUCUCUACAUAGCAUCUGUAUUGCCAAAAUCAUCUUUUUAACUUAUAAUGUUAAAGACCAAGUAGUAAUUAGGGCAAAUUAUCAAAAACUAGAAUAAUCCUAAAGCUGAGAUUUGAUACCUGCAUAAUCAAAACCAAACCAGUUGCUGUCAAUUCUGAGUCCUGGUGACCCCAUGCUUGUCAGAGUAGAGCUGUGCUCCACAGGGUUCUCAAUGGCUAUUUUUGGGAAGUAGAUUGCCAGGCCUUUCUUCCAAGGUGCCUCUGGGUGGGUGCCCACCUCCAACCUUUCAAUUAGCAGCCGAGCAAGUUAACUGCUCAUACCACUCAAGUCACUUCAUCUGCAUAACAGAGAAUCUAAAUUCUAGAAAGCACAAGUUAACAGGUGUGUGCUACAAACUAAAGCUUUUAAAUUAGGAAUGUAUAGUGCUUAUUUACUUUCAUUGCAAAUGAAAAAGAAAUUGGUCGGAGAAAAUUGAAAUUAUAAUCAGAUAAAAAUGAAAUUAGGCUUAACAGUUUUUAAAGCUAAGCAAAUGAAACUUUCUGGCAGUAGCUCAUGGAUGGAAUUUUUCUUAGUGAUAAAAGUUAAGGACUUAGUAAAAUGGGAGACAUCGUUAAGUGCUGAACAACAAAACCCUGUGUGUUUCUUUAGUGGUUUUUUCUCACUAAUGCAACCAGGAAUUCCUCACUAGUAAAAUGAUAAUGUGAUUAUCAUUCAGUGAAUUUAUUACAAGCAUUUAGAAUGGUAUCGGCACAUGGUAAGUACUCUUCUAGCCAACGUUACCUUGUUAUGGUUGAUGUUCAUCGAACCAAAACCAAACCAAACCCGCUGCCAUCAAUUCCAAUUCAUAGUGACACUAUAGGAGAGAGAACGGCCCCAUACAGUUUCCAAGGAGCAGCUGGUGGAUUCUAACUGCCAAUCUUUUGGUCAGCAGCCAUAGGUCUUAACCACUGCGCCACCAGGGCUCCGAUGUUCAUCAGGAUGCCCUAUAUAUCUUGAUACCUAGAGAGCACUGUACAAGUCUAGAGGUGGCAUUAAGUGACACAUCACCUUAAGCAAGUAAAUUAACUGACCUCUGAGGGUGACCAGCUUGUCCAUUUCCUCAGGACUUUCCCAGUUUUAGCACUCAAAGUCCCGAAUAGACCAGGAUGGUUGGUCACAACUGGAGCCCGUUUCUUCAUCCCAUAAAAUGUAGCUAAAAUGAUGCCUACAAUGAGGUUUACACUGGAUAAUACAUGUAGAGAGGCAAUAUCUCAUAUCACCCAGGAGCACACAGCCAGGUCACCACAUCCUUAGCGCAGCUGUUCCACUUUCCUACUCUAACUUAGGGGAGUUAUUGACUUUCUAUUCCUCAGUUUCCCUCUGUGUAAAAUGGGAUACUACCACUUGCUCUGCAUAACUGUAGUGAGGAUUAAAUGUUAAAAUGCAUACCGUGCUUGAAACAGUGCAUUGAACAACAGUAAGCACUAAGUAUGAUGGAUUCUGAUUAUUAUUAAAACAGCCCACUUCUGCUUUGGCAAGCAGCUGAUACAUGUUUAUUACUUAAUAGGAAGACCUGCUAAAAAGAAACUUUGUCCCCCAGUAAAAACUAGGUUAGAGUUUGAGAGCUGGGGUUGUUCUGGGUUUUUUUCCCUUUCUCAAUUACUGAGAGUAAAUGGUCACUAAUUGUCGCCUUGCUUAGUGAACUCUAAGAAAUACAGGACUGUACCAUAAUCCUCAGACUAAGAAGGAUUUUAAAAAGGAUAACAGAAUUCAGAGACACUAGUGUGCCAUAUUUAAGUUGUUUUUAUAAUAAUUUUAAGUUGCUCCUACAUAGGGAGAUUAAAGAGAUUUUUAAGUAUACAGCUUUUUGUAACAAUCAUAUAAGAACUGUCUCCUGGAUUUCUAUCCAUCUUUUCAAUGACAGUCCAAAGAAGUCUUCACCACUGAACUACCAAUCAGUAGUUUUUCAUUUUCAAGCAAUAAAUUUACUUACUUACAACAGCUCCCACGCGCUUUUUUAAACUCAGCUGUUACCAAAUUUUGAUCUGUAAAGCCUAAAACCUUGUUUCGUAACCAGCAUAGAAGACUCAGCAUCAAAGUUGCCCUGCAGCUAAAAAGCACUAGAAAUCAGAAUCCUGUAUUACAGUGGUUCCAUCCGGGUGAUUCUACCCCCUGGGAACACCAUUAAUGGCUGAAGACAUUUCUGUUUGUCAUAACUGGGGGUGCUACUGACAUCUAGUGGGGAAAGCCAAGGGUGCUGCUCAACAUCCUCCAAUGCAUAGGGGAGUCGUUGUCCCCCACAACAAAGCAUCAUCUGGCCCAAACUGUGAACAGUAGGAGGCAGGCACACAGUGAGGUGGCCUUGUUGGCGCUGCCCAGCCUGGCCCCUCCACAUUGCACUGAGGACAGCCAAGAAGAAAGCGAAUCUCACAGCACCAAUAUCCUCCUCCUCCCAUACUUCCGGGAGACCACUACAGAAACUUCAUGGACCUCUCGCCACACUUAUCUUGGUCCUUUCUUUGGGCUUAUCUUCACAAUGGCAAAUAAAGUAUUUCAGAAAAUGAAGGUGGUAUCUCUUUCCAUGUUCAGGUUACUCCUAUAUAGUCAUAGUAAUGUUUUAACCAUUACAAGAAUUUAAACAGUUCUAUUUGUGGUGGUGUAACAAGUUUUAAUUCAAAAUAGACACUCUGAAAACAAUAGGUUAAAAAUAAAGUUCAACAAGCUCUCGUUCUGAAUUUAUAACAGGACGCCGACCGUCACAGAGGAGUUUCACAAUCGCCUUAGAAAUGCACAGUAUAGCCGUACAUGCAAAUGUAUAUGUUUUACAAUUCACACAGAACAUUACUGUAUUUCCCAGAGGCUCAGUCAAUACUCAGACUAUUUCUGCCUAGAGAUCCGCUAGCAGGCUCCUCUGCUGAUAUUGCCAUACUGAAGGCUGAGCUGGCUGGUCUCCAUUACUGGCUCUGGUGCUUUAAGUAAUUUUAUAUUUUGUGAAGGAAACUAGGUUUACCCAUCCAAAGAAUACAGUGGAGACCCCACCAGUUCAUCGUCCCAUUAACCUGGACAACCUGAUACUGGAAAGCCCUAGUACUCCAUUUACUUCUAUGAAACUUCAUCAAAAAAUUGAUAUACCAACCAUGGAAUUAUUACCUCUUGGCCUACUCACUUCAGGUUGUCCCCUGAAAACCUACGUUUAAAUUUCAAUUGGUAACCACACUCAGGGGUAAAAAUUUUAUUCCUGAGUAACAUGGUCCUUCUCUUUUACUAGUUUACGAGCAGUUAGAUUUUUUUUUUUAAUGUUUAUUCUAAAGGCACUAAAGAUUUACUGUCUUACCUUUGAAUGGAGAAAUUAUCACGAUAUCAAAAAGAGGAAAAAUGUCUACACUGAAAAGUAUUUCUGCAUCUACAGAAUUACUUUAUUUGUAAAAUAACUCUUUUGAUAUAUGCACUAUAUACCAGACUCCAGGUUCAGGUAUUUUAACAAAUGAAAACAUUUGGUUUUCUAUGAGUUAUAGUAAAACCAGCUGAAAGGGAAAAUCAAAGUGAUAAUCUAAUAAGCAGAUACUUUACAGAGAAGAAAGCAUACAGCGUAGUGCGUCCUGAAGGAGCAGGCACCCAUCUGAGCACCCACCACCACCUGCGGCAUGGGGACCCCUCGGGGAGAACAAUGCCUUAAUUUGCAAUUAACCAACGUUCUGAAAUGGGCAAAAUCUCCUUGAGCAAAGAAACAAAUAGCAUUUUGGAUUUCAGUUUUUAUCAGAUACUGACACUACGGGGAAAAUGAGGCGUGCAUGAAAUAUCAAAGAUUCAAUUUACAUGACAGGGAAAGAACUAAAAAACAAAGUUACAAAAUCAAACCACAGGAAACAAUAAAUGUGAAAAACCUAUUCUUUACCUAGUAGUCUUUCUGAGCACCUGAAACAAGCUAAAGAGCAGCAUAAAGACCACUGAAUUCAUUAGUUCAACACACUAGUCUGGAAAAUAACAUUUUUAAAUUUCAAUUGAAAAAACUGCUAAUUACCUAGUUUAGAUUUAUUUUUUACAAGUUCUGCGGUUGAUACUCAAAGUUCAAUUUGUGUUUUACAUUUUUAAGUUCAGACAUAUCAAAGCCUAAAAGUACAGAAGGUUUGUGAUUUUUUAUUGCUUUCAUGCAAAUGUAUCUUCUUUUUCCAAAAAAUGAAGCCACAUCAAUUUUCCACACCCACAACAGUGACGACAGCAGUUCUAUUUCCUUUUUACUGGGAUAUGGUCUCUUAUGGAAAUAAUCCCUCAGAAACUGUUUCUGCGCCUCGUAAGAACGGUCCUCAUACUUUCUGGGGUUCAAUGCUAAGAUCUGAAGCGCGUCGUCAUUAAUAAGCAGUCCAUCUGUCCUGCCCUCAUUCUUCUGUCUCUUGAAAGGCAUAGCACUCGCUGCCUUCUCUGGCGCGGGUGCGGGGUCGGCAUCAAUGACGAGGGGCUGCUCUUCCCCGGCCCUCGGGUCAUCUACCCCAGCGUGGCUGUCGGGCAGCUUCCUCUUCACAGAGAAGCUGGACUCGUGGAUCACCUCCCCAUUGACCAGGAGCAGCCCGCUGUUGUCGAUGAAGCUGGGCUGCAGCUGCAAGUCUGAGCUGCUGUCCUUCGGAGCGCUCCGGCACCGCAGCAGGUGGAUGGCGAUGGCCGCCAGGGUCAUGUUUCCGGUGUAGACCCCACAGCAGUGGAUGCACUUGAAUGCUGGCGACUUCAAGACCGUGUGCACAGUUGGUGUGAUGUGGUGCCUCUCCUUCAGGUGCACCUCGUAUGCCUCCGUGGUCACAAAGGUGCCAAAGCAGAAAGGGCAGGUUAGCACCUCCCGGCCAGGGUUGCUGGUGGUGCCCUCCGUCUGGGGCCGUACCUUAAUGUACACGGGUACAAGCGCCUUGGAGUGUAUCCCCGCCAGCACUGCCAAGUAGACUUCCCGCUCACCUAGCUCGUCCUUCGGCAAGAGGGUAAUGAAGUCAAUGUGAGGAAAGAGCAGGCUGCCGCUGGCGUCGACAUCCAGCUGGAAGCCUCUGUUGCUGUAAUCCACAGACAGCCUCUUCUUCUCCAGGUGUGUGGCCUUGCAGUGAUCCGAGAGGCCCCUGAGGUCAUGGAACGUGGAGGGGCAGAACAGGCACCCCAGGCCAUGUGUCAGCAAGUGGCGGAUGAGCUCAUCCUCUGGGAUGAGGCAUUUGCAGGACAGACAUCGGACAGUCUUCUCCUUCAUCCACUUCAGGAAUGGUGCGCAGGCCGCGAGUUUCUCUGGCUUGAGCCGCUUGACAGUGACGGGCUUGGCCUCACUAUGCUUGUGUGCCACCUCCACAUGCACCUGGUACACGUUGGAGGGAAAAAGCUCAUUACAGACAGGGCAGGUCUUCCACUGCUUGGCCUGCUUGAGGGCCUGGCUCGCCUCAGACAUGGACGGCGAGGCCUGAACAAACAUGCUCUGAGGGGUGCUCACCACCAUGGGUGGUGGUGGCAGGCCAGCUGCCCCAGGCUGCAACAGCUGGAGUGGCAUCUGGGGUGGGGCAGCGGCCGCGACACCCCCUGGUGGCAUCGGGAGUGUGACCGAGACUGGAGCCAGUGUGUAUGUGGGGAUGCCGUUCACCUCCUUCCCAGUGGGGAUGAGCUGCCUGAGGAUGGAGCCUGAGGUGAGGAAGGUGGUAUUCGGUGCAGUACCAGGCCUGACAGGCUGGCUCAUGGGCAGGAGGCUGGUACUAACAGACUGGCCGCCAAACUGCAGGACACCAGGCCUCACAGGCUGGCCCACCGGAAGAACGCCUGAUACAACAGGCUGGCUGAGUUGCAGGACGCUGGGACCCACACUCUGGCCCACAGGCAGUACCCCUGAUGAGACCCCCUGGGUCGGAGGAAGCAGCCCCGAUGGGACCACCUGGCCUGCAGGGAGCGUCCCAGAUGUGGCCUUAUGGCCUGUGGGGAGGACCUUCAAUGGAACAGUCUGGCCAGGGGGGAGCACCCGGGAUGGGACCGUCAGCCCAGCAGGAAGCACCCCUGACGGGGCCGUCUGGCCAAUGGGGAGCACACCCGAUUGGACCAUUUGGCCAGUAGGAAGGACUCCUGAAGAAGCCGUCUGUCCUGGAGGAACAACCCCUGCAGGAGCCACCUGGCCUGCAGAGAGUACAGCUGGAGGGACUGUCCGCCCCACAGAGAGCACCCCUGGUGAGACAGCCUGGAGAACCCCAGGGGCAACUGCGUGCCUUACAGGAAGGACUCCAGGCCCAGUGGGCCUGUUCCCCGAGAGAGCUCCAGGCCCAGGAGGUCUGUUCAGGGGCCUCACGGGCUGACUGAGGGGUAGAAUCCCUGGGCGAAUAGUCUGGUUCAUGGGGAGAACACCGGUCCCAGCAGAGUUGGCUACGGGCCCAACAGGUGGGCUCAGGGGCAGGACAGCAGGACUCACGGGAUGGCUGAGCCGGACGCCAUGAGACAUGAAGACGGGCUGCGGGACUGGCGUCUGCAGAGCCAGGCCAUUCUGACCCACUGGCAGCGGGCUGGAGACGAGCGCCACCUGGGACUGGGCGAUGGCAGGGGGGGACUGGGGGGUGAGUCCUCCAGACGUGCCCGAGGCCACGGAGACAGGCUGAACUAGGGUUUGACUUUGGCUACUCUGCGGCAAAGCAAGGUGGAAGCAAGGAGGGGUGGCUGGAACGCCGGCAGCGCUGUUGUUAGGCGGGACCGCCAAAUUUGCAGCUGGUUUUGGAGCAAUGUGCAUUUGCUUCAAAAGUCCAGCUUUCUUAAUAUGUUCUGAAAUCACAGAUCUAAGCUUAUUCUCCAAGUCUCUGUGUAUAUCUGAUGUCAAAAUGUGAUACAUUAAAGCAUCCUGGCUGCUGGCAUUGGCACUGCAUUUUUUACAGUAAUACUUGUCUGGUGGUGGCGUCUUCUCAGCAGGAAGAGGGUUGCUGGCCUUCGACUGCUCGCCUACCUCCUCGGUCCGCAGGCCAAAGUAGCCAUUAAUUAGGUGGUGGAAAUGGGCAACCAGCACAUGCUUCUUCAUGCU